AUGGUGGUAAUGAUGGUGGCAAACGAUGGAUGUAAGGGUGGUGGUGGUGGUGGUGAAGGCGCAUGUAGAGGUGGUGGAGGCGGUGAUGGAGGUGGAGGAAGAGGUGGUGGCAGUGUUGAAGGCGAACAUGGAGGCGGUAGUGAUAGUAGAGGUGGUGGUGAAGGGGGUGGUUCUUCAGGAGACCGUAGCAAGCUCAUAUCGCAUUCUAGUUGCAGAGGCCGUCAUCGAAUCCAGAGGAGCAAAAUGAGUCGUGGAGCAGGAGGUGCUGGAGCCAAGGGCGGAAAGAAGAAGACAUCGACGUUUGUGAUUGAUUGUGGAAAGCCUGUUGAAGACAAGAUUAUGGAGAUUGCAUCACUUGAGAAGUUUCUUCAGGAGAGAAUCAAGGUCGGCGGCAAGGCCGGUAACCUCGGUGACUCUGUUACCAUUUCACGCGAAAAGAACAAGAUCUCCGUCACCUCCGAUAGCAACUUCUCCAAAAGGUAUCUGAAAUACCUAACGAAGAAAUACUUGAAGAAACACAAUGUGAGAGAUUGGCUCCGAGUGAUUGCAUCCAACAAAGAUCGCAAUGUGUAUGAGUUGAGGUACUUCAACAUUGCUGAGAAUGAGGGUGAAGAGGAAGACUGAGCAGAUCAGACAAGUCGAUUUUGCUUUUAUGUUUGGUUUUUUUUUUUUUUUUGGC